AUGGGGGAAAAUAUUGGUCUGUGCGACUUGAAAAAAACAAAUUUGAAAAUAGAUGUAUAUACUGAGAGCAUUGAGAUCAAUCCAACAAUAGCUGAUAACCACCUUCGUUAUAUAGAUUAUUUUAAAGAAGAUGAUAAGAUUAAUGAGCCAGAAAGUUUUAUGGAACAACUUUUUGAAGGUGCACUAUAUAUAUGUGGUUUGCACCCUACAGAAGGUCCAGUAAUAUGGAGUGCAUAUAGAGAAUAUCAAGAGACAAUUCCUGAUCUAGAUGUUAGAAUCAAGAGAAUUAGGAAUUUAUUCUAUAGACAAUUAGGUUUACACCUAAGUGGUUUACCUGAUUUAUUAGAUGAAUAUAGACUUUGGGAGGAAGAUUUACCUGAAAGUUAUAAGGUACCUUUGUCUUUAUCUAAGCAAUACCACUAUAAGGGGCAUACUGAAUGGAAUAUAAGAAGACCGUAUGAAAUGAAAGUACAAACUGAUAAUGUUUCUAAUUUACAAGAAUUAUAUGAUGCUUGGAAAUCUUAUAUUAAAUUUGAAACUGACAGAAUGCAAUCUAUAGAAUACUCGAAGGAUAAUAGUAAUAUUACAAAUAAAUCAAAAAACACUGAAUUAUCUGAAUCUUUAUUAUUUAGGGAAUAUUCUUUUACUUCUAUAGAUCCUGUUAUAAUGGUUUAUAGACGUGCAUUGGAUGAUCUAGGCUCUUUAAGAUUAGAUUUGUGGUUUGAAUUUGCAAACUUUAUAGCAACAACAAGUAAUUGUCCUCACCUAUUACUAACAGUAUAUCUUGGUGCUCUACAACAUUUCCAGCAACAUAUUAAACUCUGGAUAUUGUACUUUCGUUCCAUUGUAGAUGUAACUAGAGAUAGACUAAUAAAUUCUUCAGUGAAUACUGAUUCUAACUCUUUUGCUUAUAAAAAAAGGUCUGUAUGGUCCUGGUAUCCUAUACAUAGCAAUUUUUUACAAGGAGAACAGAUUGCAGAUUAUUAUAUCAGUAAAAUUUGUUUACAGCUUAAAAAUAGUUUGGAACAUGUCACUAAUUAUCAGGGCUUGAUUGAAUUAUAUACAGUAGCAGUAGAUUCAGUCCACAAUAUCUCAUUACUACAACAAAAUAAAAACUAUGACGAUAUUAUAAGAUCCUUAUAUUUUGAUUGUUUGGCCAUUAUUGAUAAAUUUGAUGAUAAUAAAAAUAGAAAUACUAAUUGUUCCCAAAAUCUAAAAUUAGAUAAAAGUGAAUUAUUCCCUGUAAAUGCAGCAACCGUAUUUUUCUCACAAUGGAUAAAAUUUGAAUCUGAAGGAUCAACUGACAAAUGUAGAAAUCUUGUUGAUAUAUGCGACAAAAUCAUAAAUUCUUAUAAUGGAGUUCUUCUACAUCUUUGCCCAUCUAUAUUUUAUUCAAUAAAAAGGAAGCUAGAUUAUAACGAAUCUAAAGAAAUCUUAUUACCCAGAUAUAAGAAAUGUAUUGAAAAGGCAGCUGAACCUCUUAAAAGUGUAUUUAUAAAUGGCUAUGAAAAGUUAGAUAAAAUAAAAAUAUCAGAAACUGAAGGUAUGGAUAGUAUUGAGAAUGUAAACCUUAAAUUACCUAUAUCAACUGUUUCAGCAAGCUUAGAAGGGUCUGCAGAAUAUUCACUAAUUAAUGAAAUAGGUAAUGAUUUAAAUAGUCAAUUAAAAGUCUCUCCUCCAGUAUCUUGUAUUACUGAAUCACCAUGUGCACCAUCUAGUUCACACAUUAAUCCUACAUGUAAUACAGCAAAUGAUAAGGUUGAUUUAGUAUGUCUUAGUGAAAUAAGACUUAGAAGAGAUAAAAGAAGAACUUAUCGCAAAGUAGUUGAAAGUGAUUUUGAAACAUCUAGUGAAUGUUCUUCAGAAUACAGUUUAUCCGGUUUUUUACCUAGUCCAACUAUAAAAUUACCAAGAUAUCAUACACCACCAGGAACACCAGUAAAUUCUAAAAAUAUUGUAUCUUUAUUUCCAACAAGUUCUGUAUUUCCAGGUUCAAGAUCCCCCUCUUCAGCCUCAUUUCGCUCUUUAUCUAUGGAUAAUAAGGAUAAUUCUCCAAUUUCACGUGGAUCAAGAUCAUCACUAAUUCCUGCUGAUAUAGAAAUACGGACUCAAUGUACUUGGGAUGGCCGAGAGGCUAUUGAACCUUCUAUUGCUCCUCCAAUUCCACCUUUACCAUGCUUAGUUUCUAUAUCCUCAAUUCCAUUAAUUUCCAAUGAAUAUCUAAUUGCUCCUAUACAGAGAAGUUCUUCUUUAUCUUCGUCAUCUCAGAGUUCUUCAAUUCCCCCAAUUCCUCUAGUUCAAGGUGGUGUACAAUCCACAGAGUAUUUAAACCAUGAUAUAAGUCAUGGUGAGAAAAUGCCACCACCUUCUUACACUCCAAAGAAGCACAAAAAUGAUAGUAUAAAUCUUCCUGACAAUUUACAACUAAAAGUUCAUAAGGAAGAUAUAACUGAAACAGUAAGUAAUUCAAGAUCUAUCCAAAAAGUUGCAGAUAUACAAAGAAAAACAAUAUACCCUGAUGAAGGGACUUUAUAUAUCCGACCUAUAAAAGCUCCAAUAGAUUCUGAAGAUGCAAUUCUAAAUAUAAUUUUUGAUAACUUCAAGAGUAAUAUUAAAGAAAUACGUAUAAUUAAAGAUUCAAAUGGUAACUGUAAAGGUUAUGGUUAUAUAGAUAUAGAACCUAAAGAAAUGACUUUAGAUAUUCUUGAGAAAAUCAAAAAUUCUCCAAAUAUACUUAAGUAUGGUAUAGAAAUUUACUUAUCUAACCCACCAAUAAGACGAAACGAAGCAAAUAAAAUUAAAGAUAAAAGCAAAAGUGGAAAAAGUAGAUAUAAAACAAAAAAGAAAUCUACACUUCAAUCUUAUGACAGGGUUAUAUUUGUCAAAAAUAUUGACAAAUCUAUCAAUGAGGAUGAUCUUAUGAAACAUUUUGAAUCUUUAGAUUUAAUGAUAAACCGACUUAUUAUUUGUAAAGAUAAAGAUGGUAAAUCAAAAGGUUAUGGAUUUAUUGAAUUUUCCAAUGCUUCUGAUGCUUUAACAGCUCAUAUGUUAAAUGGCACGAAACUAGGUUCAACAUCUAUCACUGUGAAUAACUCUAAACGUCCCUUAACAAUUCCACAAAAUAGUAUGAAUAAAACCCCAAAAAUUAUAAAUAGAAUUGAACCUCGUUCUAGAAGUAAACGUAAAGUUGAAUUUAAAUCAAAUUGGAUAGAACAAAUACAAACAAAUAUUAAGAAAGUUGAUGAAGUAGAUGAUUUAUUAAAUAAAGAGAGUAUAUUGAACUCUAACUUUGGUAGUUCUGUACAAAAUUCAUCUGGAUAUUCUGUAGAACCUAUCACCAGUAAUACAGACAUAAAAUCUAAUGUUAUGGAAAUUAAAAAUAAUUACAAAUAUUCUGACAAACCUAAAUCUCUUUCUAAUGAUGACUUUAAAAAGAUGUUUGUAGAAAAUCUUGUUUAUAAGUAG